AUAUAUAUAUAUAAGGAGAACGUCUAAACAAUCUUACUCGUGGGUGGUAAAAGUGCAAUCCAAUUCCCGUUGGGAAUACACUUAAAAUGGUUGCGUGUGCUGGUGUUGCGCAUGACGAUAUAUAAUAUCAAGAUUGACUGACAAUGGAAAAUGUGAAAGACAAGGUAAAAAAUGAGAAGUAUAGGAACUGGGUGAAGAGUACGCUGGGUAUUGAACAGACGGGCAGAGCUUUAUAUGAAUAUGUGGAAAAUAAAUUUUCUGAUUAUACUCAUAGUAAAUCAACACUAGCCGGUGUUUCUUUCCUGGACCAUACAGAGCUCUUUCAUAUCCGAAAUGGAGGUUGUUUUCUUUCAAACCUGAGUAAUAACGUUAAACAACUGAAAUCCCCAAAUGGAAAGGGUACUAGUAAAUCGAAAUGGCAAUGGACUGGUAGUUGCCAAACAUGUAAAACAUCAUUUGAGAAGAUCUUAUUACUGUACGAAAACCCAUGUCGCAAAGAUAUUUGCUGGGAGAAUAGCCAUAAAUCAGUACAUUCCAUUACACUCGAGUGGGCUAUUGCAAAGAUGUUUAUGCCUCCAGGAAAUGGCAGUAAAAAUACCGGACCAAAAACAACAGAGCCACUAGCUUUAUUCCAACUGAUACGGGCUUGCAAACUUUUCAAGAUAGACUCCGUCGGUCAGUUAGAAAAGUUGACAGAAGCGAGAAAUAAUCUGUUUCACUCAUCAGAUAAUCAUGUUGACGAGAAAGAUAUGAAGGAUUAUUUCCAGUACAUGGAUGAGCUCCUAAAGAACGUAACAGAAGACAAGGAUGUUGAUCAGGGAACCAGAGACAGAGUUGCUAAAUGCAAUGAAAAGAUAGAGAAGCUGAAACACAGCGAAAUGACGAUGGCUCUAUUUGAUGAUGCUCUCAAACUCAAACGCAAAGCCAUUUUUGAUGACUUUGAAAAGAGUUUGUCAGAGAACGACCCAGAUGCUUUGAAAGAGUUAUUGGAAUUAGCAGUAAAAACAGUAGCAGAAAUUCAGGAGUUAAAAAAGUAUGCUGAUGAAGUGAAAAAUAUAGAUUCAUACAAAAAGGAAAUUGACGAACUUAGGUUAGAAAUUUCAAAAGGUGAUGCUUAUUGUUCGGUACUAAUAAUCAUUCUUACAAUUAUUGUGGCCUCUUUAUUCAGAAUUUAUUUUUCAUAAAAAAAAAACGAAGCUUAUACUAAAUUUGGUUUAAUCGUACCUUAUUUCGUUUUGAACAUACAUACAAACAUACAUACAUAAAAUCUCGAAUUUCAAAUUUGAUUUUAGCUAUCACAUUUGUUUCCAGUCUAUGUUUUCAUAGAAUUUCUUACAGAUUUGACAAACCCUUUAAGUGACAUGUAGGAAUGGUACAAAGUAGUCCUGUCAUUCGUUUCAGUAUUGUUACUACUUCUAGUCCUUUGAGAUCAUGGAAUGUUAAUGUGUAAUAAUUAAGAUUUCUCUGGGAUGUUUCACAUUCCAUUUAUCCAAUCAAACUGGAAGUCUAUAUGUUCUAUGUUUCAAAAAGAUAUUCUAACUUCAUUAUAGUUGCAUUAAUUGCAUACAAUAUAUCUAAAAAAGA